AUGACCCGGAAGCGUUCUCGACGCAAGACGUCGAAGAACCUAACAGUCUACUCAUCGGACUCUGAGGAAGGCCCGACGAAAAAGGGACGGGGGAGACCCGCGAAAGACCCCUCUCACGAGGGGCAAUUCACGGCGGAGGCCAUGGCCCGAAAAGCCGAGGCCGAGAAAGCCAAGAAAUUGAGAAGGGAUCACCGAGCGAUCCUUGACUCCGACGUAAAGCCUACCUCAGAGCGCGCUUCUAAGGCCAAUGACGAAGCUCUCGAACGCGCGGAGGAGCUCGAGGCACAACCCUUGACCUCUGUAGCAGAGGUCAUGACGCAAAGCCUGGGCAUGUUGGCGAAGUCGGUGGAACGCUCUAACAAUAUCCAAGGUCCGAUCAGGAAGGAUAUGUGGAGGGCCUACACCGACCUAACUACCGGUCUUACGACGGCAAUGUACAGGCAAUGCGAAGACGACGAAGCGCGACAGCACCGGGAAAAUAGCGCGGCCCUGGCUAAAGCCAGGACCAAAUGGGAGGCCGAGAAGCGCAAGCUCGAGGCGGAGAUUGGACAGCUCCGCAUUCAGGUGGCGCUUCUCGAACAAAGCCCCCAUUCACGCGCUGAGGCUGAAGGUCACACCGACGUCGAGGACCAGACAGAUCUGGACCUCGACGUAGAGGUGAUGGACGCUCUGACCGGGGAAGCUCCCCAUCCACCGGGUCCGACACUCACGGACACGAUGACGGAGGAGCCCUCCGGAAGGGCGCCCAGCAAGGCUGCGACCACCCGGCAAAACAAGCCGGUGGUCAGGUGUAUGGAGGUACUUAAGAAGCCGUACUUCCGUCCGCCGCUAAAGGGGGUUCGGAAACAAAUGAACCCCCUGUCCAACGCGGCGGACAUCAAGGUAGCUUCGGUUUCUCAAUCCUCCUUCCCCUCCCUGCCACCUCCCUCACGCCCUCUGGAGAGGGCCGUGCAGACAGGGGGGGAGGAGAGGAGGAAGAAAAAAGCAAUAACAGAGGACGGCCUCCGGGAGGUCCUUACCAGGGUCCUCCCGGCCGUCCUCCAGGAGAUGGGGCUUCUCCCGGCCAGGGCGACGACGGCUGAGAGGCCCGGGACGGUCUCUGCUGGAGGCAGGGUGACUACCCCUCCCCAGACCGAGACCGCCCCCAAAAAGAAGACCGCGGGCGGCGCAACCGCUACGACUGCCCGGCCCGCCCCGGGUAGGGAGACCACCUCCCCCUCCAUACUAGAGUUAUGGACGGAGGUGGUCUCCAGAAAGGCUAAGAGGGCCGCCAAAGCCUCUAAUGAGGCGACCAAGGCGGCCACCGCCACGGGUAGGCCCAUAAGGAAGAAGAGGAGGGGAGGGCGUGGUGGAGGUCAGGGGGAACGUGCGGGACAGCCACGGGGCGGAACUAGCCACCAAGGGUCGGCCAGUGUGGCCAAAAUCAAGCCGCCGACCACGGCGGCGGUGACGGUCACAUGUGCCGACCCAACAGCCUACGCGCAGGUCCUCAAGACCGCGAGGGAGAAGGUCGAUCUCUUCUCCCUCGGGAUCGAGGACCUGCGCCCCCGCAGAGCUGUUACGGGUGCCCUGAUACUCGAGGUCAGGGGCGUUGACAACGGCACUAAGGCCGACGCCCUGGCCGAGGGUAUCAGGGCUGCCCUGUCAUCAAGGGAUGACGUCAAGGUAGCCCGGCCGUGCAAGACGGUCGAGCUACGCUUAACUGGCCUGGACGAUUCGGUCACCCCUAGUGAGGUGGCCGAGGUCCUGGGAGCCAUCGGAGCUUGCUCUCCCCACGACAUCAAAGUGGGAGAGAUCCGCAUGGCUCCCAACGGGCUGGGCACCUGCUGGGUGCGCUGCCCCGCGAAAGCUGGCAAGGCAGUCUUGGCCGCUCCCCGAAUCCGGCUGCUGCUACCGAUGCGGUGGCAUAGGCCACCUGGCCAAGGAUUGCCGAGAAAAGGCGGGCUGCCCGGUCUGCAAAGACGCGGGCAAGCCCGCCGACCAUCGGAUCGGCGCAAAGGUUUGCCUAGCCAAUAA